AUGCCGACCCUCGGCCUGGUGAACUUCAACAUUGUUUGCGCAACUCUCGGAGGUUUUAUCGCUCUGUUCGGCCUAGUUUCGUUCGUGGUCAAAGAGAAGUUCUACCUGUCAGAAGCGCUGCUGUCGCUCCUCGCCGGCGUCCUCUUUGGCCCUGCCGCAAACUGGAUCCGACCGACAGAAUACGCGCUCAAUGACGAAGUCAACCUCGAGUACAUCAACUUGUACUUCACCCGCGUCGUCUUGGGCGUGCAGCUAGUGAUUGCCGGGAUCCAGCUGCCACCAAAAUACCUGAAAACAGAAUGGCGGAGCCUGGCGUACCUCCUCGGGCCUGGCAUGGUCGUCAUGUGGCUCAUCACCAGCAUGCUGGUGUGGGCUAUGGUGCCGAAUCUGACGUUUCUGUACGCCCUCGCUGUCGGCGCAUGCGUCACACCCACGGAUCCUUCUAUCCAAUUCGAUCUUGAAAGGGAAAAGAUAGUCAUUGCUGAGUCGGGUGUCAAUGACGGCCUGGGAUAUCCUUUCCUUUUCCUUCCGCUGUAUUUGAUCACGUGUAUUGGGGAAGGUGCGCAUGGACAUACGGCGGGUAAAGCGGUGGGAUUGUGGUUCUACGAGACUUGGUGCUAUCAAAUAUUCCUUAGUACCGCCUACGGAUUCGCAUGUGGAUGGUUUGCAAAGAAGCUUCUUCACUGGGCGGAAGAGAAAAAAUAUGUCGAUCGAGAGAGCUUCUUGGUCUUCGCUCUCGCCUUAGCACUCUUCGUCGUCGGCACCGACGGCCUCAUCGGCAGCGACGACGUUCUUGCCUGCUUCAUCGCCGGCAACGCCUUCACCUGGGACGACUGGUUCCGCGUACAGACCGCCGACGACUCGCUGCAGCCCACGAUCGACAUGCUCCUCAACGUCGCGAUCUUUGUCUGGUUCGGCGCCGUCUGCCCGUGGCACAUGUUCGCGCAUAACGACGUCAUCCCCAUCUACCGCCUCAUCGCGCUGGGCAUCCUCGUUCUUCUCCUCCGCCGCCCACCAAUCAUUUCCCUCAUGCACUAUCGCAUCCACCAGAUCGAGGAGUGGCGUCAAGCCAUCGUCGUCGGCUUUUUCGGUCCCAUCGGCGUCUCCGCGAUAUUCUACCUCUACAUCAGCCAGGAAUACCUUCGCACGCAGGUGCUCGACGACAAAGGCAACCAGCGAGAAGACGCCGCGAGACUGAGCGAGAUCAUGAUGGUGGUGAUCUGGUUCCUGGUCACCUGCAGUAUCAUCGUCCACGGCCUCACGAUCCCGCUCGUCAAGCUGGGCAUCAAAGUCCCACGCACGCUCUCUGAGGCUAUCGAACGCGGGAGCCAGGAUGAUCAUAGCAGCGGCGGUGGGAGACCCGGACCUCCAGGGCCAUCCCAUGAGGAAACUCUGGAGCUCGCGAAUAAAAAUCUCCCACAGAGUGCGUGA